AUGGAGGUAGCCGAGAGCAGAGAGCAGACUUCUGUUGGUCCUACGGGCCCAGAGUCGACCAUGACCAAUGGCGAGCGAAAUCCCUUCUUGGAUGACCCGCUUAUGGAUGAUGGUCGAUCAAGUAGCUUGAGUGAGAUUGACGACGUAUCGGACAAUGAACCCUCCGACUUUGAAGACUCGAUAAAGCCAGAAAGGCUGCUCGAGAAUGACUCGGAGGCAGAGACCGAGCGCAUUGAGGACUCCCCUCACAAUAUCCGUAAGCGCGGAGACAUCAUUCUCAGUGCUGGUAGUGCCGGUCCAAGUCCUAGCAAGCUCCAUCAAUCGACGACUCUGGCGGACGUCGAUGAUGAAGAGCAGAUUGUAGACGACUCUCCAAGCAAACCGCGCCGGUCCCCGACUAACAAUGGGUUAACCGAUGACAUUCCAGACCUACGUGACUUAGAUGACUUGGAUCUUCCUGAUAGUGCCGGAAAGAAACGCAAGCGCGUCGAGGCCGGUGAUGAGACCGGUACCGAACUUGGCGACGAAGAGCCGGUCAAGAAGCGUCGAAGCUCGAUCAAAAGUGACUUGAGCGACCCAAUGGACGACGACACUCCUCUCUCGCCUGAACCCAUUGAAGAUCCCAUCGCUCCCAUUGACGACGAGUUGCCGGUCGACGACGUCCCCGAGUCCGAUCUUCCUGCCCCACCAGUCAAAGGCAAACGAGGCAAGAAGGGCAAGCGAAGAGGUAGACGUGCCGUGGACGCAGAUGAAGAAACUGAAGCCGGUGAUGAGGCUACGGCAGAAGACCUUGCUGUUGAAAAUAUUGGAGAAGAUGAAGAGCCUGUAGAACGUGGUGACGAAGCCAAUGAUGCUGAGACGACAGCUAAGCUGGAAGAAGAAUCUGCAAAGAAAAUGUCUGCGAUGGAGUCACUGGCGACACUAGAAAAGGAGUUUGCAGCUUUGCGAGACAAGAUUUAUGACGAACGAAUCACGAAGAUCAACCGCGAGAUCGAAAUGCUCAGCGGUCCAAACCCUACACAUCCCGAGUACUUGCGCCAGAUUGAAUGCGUGGAACGUUACCGCGAUGCCAAGAUCAAAUAUGAACAGAAUCUGUUCCGUUAUCGCGUGAAAGCUUUGCUAAAUAAGAGCUUGGCUGAACGUGCCCAGGCACACAGCACUUACUUCCAAAGUAUUCGAGAUGUGAGAGAACGACAUUCUAGUGCCAUCAGCAAGCAGUUCUAUGCGAUCCAGCAUGACCGCUUCAAGACAGAUGAAUUAAGCCCACAUCAUCUCAUCCCAUUCCCCACUCGUCGCUCGCAACAGAUUGCCCAUCAAGCUGCCUAUAACCAAGAGGUCUCUGUCAUGGCUGGUGUUGCUAAAUAUGUUGGGUUCCCAGCUGCUCCUGCAUUAUUAGGCGCGCGACCGUCUGAAUUGGAGGAUGAUCUUGAAAAGAUGGGGAUCACGAUUGAAACACGAACAUCGAUUCCACGACAUUCAACGACCUUGCCUCCUCGAGGUGCCAUGUCAGCCAUGUCAUCAAAUGUCUUCCGCACAGCAGCCGAGGAGGCUUUCUUAGAACAAACACCAUGGGCCAAUCCUCAGCACCCAAUUCAUCAGCAACAGCCACAACAUCAGUACUCUCAACAUCACCGACCUCAGGGCCAUAUAUAUGAGCCUAUGCAAUCAUCAUCAUAUGCUACCCCAGCAGCACAAAAGCGGGUGGUAGAUAUUAAUGCACCAAACGGGUCCGCAUCCACAAUCCCGGAGAACAUCUCGGCUGCAAAUUCAUCAGCCAACAACACACCCUAUGGCAUUGAGCAGGAUCCAAGACAUCAAGCACAAGGAACUUUCCGGAAUCCAGAUUAUGAUCUUGAACGUAAAUCUGGAUUCCGAUCUCAAAGUUCCUCGCCGCUGGAUGUGCGAAAAUCCCACCCUCACUCUGCUAUGGAACGUCGUUCCCCUGGACCCAAUUCUUCCCGCAAUCCUCUUUUCUCUCCACCUCCUGCUCGUCAAGGUCUGUUCCAGCCUUCUGCUGUGUCCAAGCCAGACACCUCUCCCACUCUCACAUCAAAACCUGUUGACGGGUUACAUUAUCGUCCACACUCUGAGCUAUCUGCAGGGCCUGGUCCAAGCCAUGCAGGCAAGAUGAAUUACUAG